GGCGCGCGCGGCGGUUGGGCCGUUGGGUGUUCGGCCCUGGGAUCCGCCGCGUCUCCGCAAGCAGUCGGCUCUGAGCCGCGAGCCGCCGUGAGCUCUCGGAUUCGAGCGGGCGCCAGCGAGCCCGGGGGCAUCGCCCGCAGCGGCCAAGCUCAUGGCCGGCUGAGCGGGACGCCGCCUCCGCCUCAACCGCCGCCGCCGCCGCCGCCGCCUCCUCCUCCUCAGCCGGCGGCGGCCCGGGCCCAGCAGCCAUGGCCGAAGACUACUGGGACGGGCGCCUGCGGCGAACAGGAGGAGAAGGAGGUCGCGCGGCCUCGCCCCGGGCCGCCGCCCCAGGCGCCGCCGCGCCGGCCCCGCGGCGCUGAGGUUGCUCGCGCGCCCCCGCCGGUCGCCAUGGAUCGGAUGAAGAAGAUCAAGCGGCAGCUGUCAAUGACACUCCGAGGGGGCCGAGGUGUGGACAAGACCAAUGGUGCCCCUGAGCAGAUAGGCCUGGAUGAGAGUGGGGGUGGCGGUGGCAGUGACCUUGGAGAGGUACCCACUCGUGCCGCUCCUGGGGAACCUCGCUCUGGACGGGGCCCCCUCAGCUCUGCACCAGAGAUUGUACAUGAGGACUUGAAGAUGGGGUCUGAUGGGGAAAGUGACCAGGCUUCAGCCACGUCCUCGGAUGAGGUGCAGUCGCCAGUGAGGGUGCGCAUGCGCAACCAUCCCCCACGCAAGAUCUCCACUGAGGACAUCAACAAGCGCCUGUCACUACCAGCCGACAUCCGGCUGCCUGAGGGCUACCUUGAGAAGCUGACCCUCAAUAGCCCCAUCUUCGACAAGCCCCUCAGCCGCCGCCUCCGCCGUGUCAGCCUGUCUGAGAUUGGCUUUGGGAAACUGGAGACCUACAUCAAGCUGGACAAGCUGGGUGAGGGUACCUAUGCCACCGUCUACAAAGGCAAAAGCAAGCUCACGGACAACCUUGUGGCACUCAAGGAGAUCAGACUGGAACACGAGGAGGGGGCACCCUGCACCGCUAUCCGGGAAGUGUCCCUGCUCAAGGACCUCAAACAUGCCAACAUCGUCACGCUACAUGACAUUAUCCACACGGAGAAGUCCCUCACCCUUGUCUUUGAGUACCUGGACAAGGACCUGAAGCAGUACCUGGAUGACUGUGGGAACGUUAUCAACAUGCACAACGUGAAACUGUUCCUGUUCCAGCUGCUCCGUGGCCUGGCCUACUGCCACCGGCAGAAGGUGCUACACCGAGACCUCAAGCCCCAAAACCUGCUCAUCAACGAGAGAGGAGAGCUGAAGCUGGCAGACUUUGGCCUGGCCCGAGCUAAGUCAAUCCCAACGAAGACCUACUCCAACGAGGUGGUCACACUGUGGUACCGACCCCCCGACAUUCUGCUUGGGUCCACGGACUACUCGACCCAGAUUGACAUGUGGGGUGUGGGCUGCAUCUUCUACGAGAUGGCCACGGGCCGGCCCCUCUUCCCAGGCUCCACAGUGGAGGAACAGCUGCACUUCAUCUUCCGCAUCUUGGGAACCCCAACUGAGGAGACGUGGCCAGGCAUUCUGUCCAACGAAGAGUUCAAGACAUACAACUACCCCAAGUAUCGAGCCGAGGCCCUUUUGAGCCACGCACCCCGGUCCCCUUGUCCUUGCUGUAGACUUGACAGCGAUGGGGCUGAUCUCCUCAACAAGCUGCUGCAAUUUGAAGGUCGCAAUCGGAUCUCCGCAGAGGACGCCAUGAAACAUCCAUUCUUCCUCAGUCUUGGGGAGCGGAUCCACAAACUUCCUGACACUACUUCCAUAUUUGCACUAAAGGAGAUCCAGCUACAAAAGGAGGCCAGCCUUCGGUCUUCGUCAAUGCCUGACUCAGGCAGGCCAGCUUUCCGCGUGGUGGACACCGAGUUCUAAGCUGAGUUCUAAGCCACAGACCGAGGCCCCAGCAGUCAGCAGCUGGAGGGAUGCUACUCCCCUCACAGGGCAGCCCGCAACUGCAUCCUCCUCGCUUGCUGUCUGCUACCUGCCUGACUCAUGCUCGCCUGCCCACAUGUCCCCCGCUGCCUGUCCGAACACCUGACCAUUGGCCUGUCAGCCCACCCAUUGGCCUGUCUGCUGGGUGCUAACAAAGCUCUCAUCGCUCCUUC